AUGCAGCUUCCGUCGUCAUCGCGGAACCACGGAUAUAUCUUCGCUGCCCGUCAACUUCAGGAGAAGCGCCGGGAGAUGCGGACCCACCUGUACUCUACCUUCGUGGACCUGACGAAAACCUUCGACACGGUGAAUCGCGAAGGACUGUGGAAAAUCAUGCAGAAAUUCGGCUGUCCGGAGCGAUUCACUCAGAUGGUGCGUCAGCUGCACGACGGUAUGAUGGCGCGAGUCACGGACAACGGAGCUGUCUCAGAGACAUUCGCAGUGACCAAUGGAGUGAAUCAGGGCUGCGUACUGGCGCCUACCCUCUUCAGUCUCAUGUUCACUGCCAUGCUGAUUGACGCCUACCGCGACGAACGCCCCGGGAUCCGCAUCGCCUACAGGACGGACGGUCACUUCCUGAAUCAACGGCGGAUGCACUUCCAAUCGCGUGUAUCCACAACCACCGUUCCCGAACUCCUCUUCGCCGACGACUGCGCCCUGAACACCACCUCGGAAGAGGAGAUGCCACGGAGCAUGGACCUGUUCUCCGCUGCCCGCGAGAACCGCGGUCUGGUCGUUAACACGCAGAAGACGGUGGUGAUGCAUCAACCUCCACUCCACUCAGUCACAGCGCCCAACGCGCCGCCGAAAAUCAGCGUGAAUGGGACCCAACUGCAAGUGGUAGAGAACUUCCCGUACCUGAGCAGUACCCUCUCACGCAACACCAAGAUUGAUGACGAAGUCGCCAGCAGGAUCUCGAAAGCCAGUCAAGCCUUAGGUCGCCUCCAAAGCACAGUUUAG